AUGUCGGACCAAUCAGAACCUGCAAUGUCAGCAGAAUUAAAAGCUAGGCUUCAAGCUGCAAUUGCAGACUCUAUCCCCAAAGCCUUGGCAACGUUUCGUGACCAGACAGCCACUACUGCCACCAUCACGCAAUUGUCAGCCUCGGAUGAUUCCAGGGUCUCUGACCAUGACGAAGCCCCACGUAAGCGCCCUUGGAAGGGUAACAGUGCUUCUGUUGGCAAAGGCAAAGCCAGCUAAAUUGACAAACCCACUUUGACUUCAGAAUCUGAACCCUUAAAGGGUUCAACCUUUGGCUAUCACCUUCGAGUGAUAGAUGAAUACAAUGCAUAUCCAGAUGAGGAUCUCCCAGGUAACCCUUUCUCUUCUGAAUUUGUUACGGAGACUUUUCUCCUACCCCAAAACCAGUCCUUUCAGGACACGGAUCCUAUGUCCACUACUAAUUUAGACAAUACUAAGGACGAUAUCCUAUUGGAUACCAAUGGUUGUCCUCUAUUUGACUCACGCUGCAUCAGACACCCUCGUUCAGCAGAAUGGACACCCCCUGAUCACAUUGCCAAAUAUUGCAGAUUAUGGCUUCGUAAACCUUUAGAAAAGGAGAUUAGAGCCAAAUUAAGAGCAGAAUUUCCACGGCCUAUAAUCCCUGAUAAGGUGGAUGUUACCCCUGAACUUGACCCACUCCUGGUCACUUUUCUAACUAAGACGGGUAAAGAUCCCCGCAAAGUAAUCUUAGUUGGCUUAAAAGCCACCCAAGACAAGUUGAUGGAUAUAGCAGGCCCGCUUAUCCAGAUUUUUAUAAUCGCUGACGAGAUGCUAGCAGGUGGCAAUUUUGACGCACACAUGGUGCGUAAAUGGGCACAAAGAGCGUUAUAA